GGACUUUGAGAAUACGCUAUAAAUGAGCGGAGAAUUUUGUUUUCUGUCAAUUCCGACAGAAGACAAAUUUCACAACAACUAGACGGAACAAACAGAGAGAGAGAGAGAAGGAAGAAUAUCACGAUGAUGAAACUGGUUGUCUUGGUAAUAUCACUUACACUAUGUCAUCGAUCCCUGACCUCGUCGAUCUUCGAUUUUACAACAACUGGACUCGACGGAAGUGAAUAUGAGGAAUUUCGCCAAUCGGACAACUCGUUUGUGGUCUUGAAAAACAACGCAGAGCCAACAAGAGUAAUCGAGGAUGCUAACAAGGGCGUCUGGAUCCUAUUUUUCCACCACAGUCCGGAUUCGUGUUUUGUUCUGAAGAUGACGGAGGAGCAGAGAAUGGAAGUCAACAGGACAAAUGGAAAGAAAGUCUUUUCAAACGAGCUGCUGGAAAAUUUCGAUGUCAAAGAGUCAAACCCCGUUGACCCAGCCAUCCAAGGUCAGUGUGGCGCCGACCGGAAGGUCAUGGAUCUCAUACCGGAAGAAGAAGAUGAGUCGACAGAAAUUAAAGACGACGACAUAGUGAAACGAGCCUGUACCCGGAAACUGCGGUGCACUAUCAAACUGUACCGACUUUGCUGCAGAAGAAAAACAACGUGUGUGAUUCGAACACGAAAAGUGACGAUCCGAAUUCCCGCCAAAAAGUGCAUUUUAUAUCGCCUCAUCCACUGUACGCGCGUGUGUGUAUAAAUCAAAGAUAAACUAAAACAUUGUGAAUAAAAUUAACUUUAUUUCGUCUUGUGAUGUAAACACA